GCGCGGCUGCGCAUCAAGACGCUGGUCACCGAGGGGCCCUACAUGCCGUCGACCGCGCGCCGGCACUUUGAGUACGCGCGCCACAUGUUCGUGUUUUUCGCCGACAACAAGAUCAGCCAGGUGCACGACAUCUGGGACCACAGCGAGAAGCAGAGCCAGCUCCAGGCGAUUGUGCCGCCGCCCAGCCUGCGCCCGCCGCCGCCGAGGACGUCGAUCGACCUGCGCCAGUUCUACGCCGACUACAUCGCCUGCAUCAACAGCGGGCGCAUGGCCGAGGAGCUGCACCAGUUCUGCAAGCCGUCGGGUGUGACGCACAACGGCACCAAGUACACGGUGCAGCAGUACGGCGACAUGAUCCAGAGCAGCCUGGACGCCAUCUCCGGGCUGUUCUUUGAUAUCCACACCCUGGUCGUCGACGAGAACCGCCAGCAGCUGGCCGCCCGCCUCGAAUUCACCGGCACGCCCGUCAAGCCGUAUGCCGGAGGCGUUCCGAACGGACGUCCCGUGGCCUUCUCGGAACACGUCUUCUACUGGCUGGAGCAGGGCAAGAUCUCGGAUGUGUUGUCCAUUGUGGACUGGGAGGAGUACAGGGCCCAGCUCUCGCGAUGA